AUGGACCACGCCGCGAAAGAUACCAACGCCCAAGAUAUUGAGACGGAUUUCAUGGGACUGUGUCGAGAUAUUCUAUCGCACCUGCCAGCCGCUGGACAGAACACUGCCGUGACGGAUAUGAAAAAUCCUGCGAAUAAUGCCCAAGAUUCAUCGAAAAAGAAUAAGAGUAAGGAUAAGGAUUUGGGGCUUAAAGACAAAGGCAAAAAUAAGGAGUCCAAGCAGGGUAGUGGCAACAAUACAAAUAAGACAUGCCACAAGGCAGGACAUCUCAAGGCUGACUGUUGGACGAAAUAUCCGGAAAAACGCCCUGCGGACCGUAAGGGGAAGGAUAAGGAUAGAGACAAGGAUAAGGAUAUUGGCAACGCUGCUCUGGUCCAAACGCUGUGGAGCAAUGGUAAGGUGGUAGAGGAAACCUGGAUCCUAGACUCUGGAUCAGGAGCCUACGCCACGCCUCUGAAGGAUAUUGUCGAGGUUACGCCCCAAAAAUCUAAUGUCAUGUUGGAGAUGGCGGACGGAUCUACGGCCCCAGUAGCGGCUGUAGGGAGGGUCCCGAAGCUGGAGGUCAACCUAAUGAGCUUCGGCAAGCUCGCACGCAAAGGUUAUACUUUCAAACAGUUGGCGUACAGCAAUAAUCAUUCAACCUUGCUGACGUCUCCUGGCAGGAUGACAAGUUUAACAGCGUAUUUAAAUAACAAAAAUAUAUACGUGGUGGAAAAGCCGCCAGCAUUGAGAGAUUUGGUCUCUUUUGUAAUGCCAAACGGUGAUUUUGAACCCGCGUACGUUUUGCGGUCGAAUUACAAUCCCCUAUUGGAGCUACCCAAGGGCGACAUCAAGAUUUUGGAAUACACAAUGGUGCAGUGGCAUCAAAAGGCUGGGACACCUAAACCCAGCGGAUAUAUCAAGAUUGGCAGCGGAUCCUAG